AUAUAAAAGGACAUUCCCGGAUCUGGUGCAUUCCACUAGCCAUCUUCAACUGUUCUGAUAUGAUGUGGUCAGCAACAGUGCUUCUUGCGGUUUUUGCCGUUUUUGUUUUAGUACAUGGUGCACCACAAGAAGUCGCAUCAUUCAGACACACAGCAAAAAAUCCAAAUUCAAAGAGAGCCAAACGUACCGUCGACGAUUUAGAUGAUGAUCUGAUUAGAAGGAGUUUCCGUGGUAAUAAAAGAAAUCCAUCAUUUCGCCUAGAUAACAUUGGUGGUGGAGCUCUGAUAGGUCGCAGUUUGGAUGAUAUUGGUGGUGGGAGUCUCAUCGGUAGAAGUUUGGAUCCUAUUGGAGGGGAUAGUCUUAUUGGCCGUAGCCUAGACAAUAUUGGAGGUGGAGCUUUGAUUGGUCGUAGUUUGGAUAAUAUUAGUGAAGGGAGUCGCAUCGGUAGAAGUUUGGACCCUAUAGGAGGAGAUAGUCUCAUUGGUAGAAACCUGGAGAGUAUUGGCGGUGCAGUCAAACGUACCAUAGAUAAUAUAGACAAUGGUCUGAUUGGGAGAAGUUUAAGUGGAAAGAGAAGUCUGGACAGUAUUGGUGGUGCAGCUUUGAUAGGGCGCAGUCUGGAUGAUAUUGGUGGAGGAAGUCUCAUCGGUAGAAGUUUGAACCCUACAGCUGAACGUUCGAUUGAUCCUAUAGAUCCGGGUCUGAUUGGAAGAAGUUUGAGUAGUGGAAGUAGAAAUCCAUCAUCUUGGCUAGAUAACAUUGGUGGUGGAUCUCUGAUAGGUCGCACUUCGGAUGAUAUUGGCAGUAGAAGUUUCAUGGGUAGAAAUCGAGACCUCACAGAAGGGGUUGAUCUCAUUGGUAGAAGUCUGGACAGUAUUGGCGGUGGAGCUUUGAUAGGGCGCAGUUUGGAUGAUAUUGGUGGAGGAAGUCUCAUCGGUAGAAGUUUGAACCCUACAGCUGAACGUUCGAUUGAUCCUAUAAAUCCGGGUCUAAUUGGAAGAAGUUUGAGUAGUGGAAGUCGAAAUCCAUCAUCUUGGCUAGAUAACAUUGGUAGUGGACCUCUGAUAGGUCGCAGUUUGGAUGAUAUUGGCAGUGGAAGUUUCAUGGGUAGAAAUCGAGACCUCACAGAAGGGGUUGAUCUCAUUGAUAGAAGUCUGGACAGUAUUGGCGGUGGAGCUUUGAUAGGGCGGAGUUUGGAUGAUAUUGGUGGAGGAAGUCUCAUCGGUAGGAGUUUGGACCCCACAGAAGGAGAUAAUCUACUUGAACGUAGCGUAGACAACAUCGGUGCUGAAGUACUAAUAGAUCGCAGUUUGAAUAGCAAACGUAUACAAAGGUUAAUGGGGAAAAAAUCUGUGCCAUUUAGUUACUACCUGAGGAAUUCAAAAAUUCUUUACCACUGAAUGCAAUUAAUAUAAUGAAUGAUCAUGGAAUAUAAUAAAUCAUAUGAAACUGUA